AAACGCCUCGUUUAUUGCUGCUUCUGCAGGACGCGAGCUGGGUAGACAAAUUGACAUCUUAAUGAGGAUCAAAGAUGGAACCUGUCCACAUUAAAGAGGAAGAGUCAGUCCUGGAACCUGUCCACAUUAAAGAGGAGCUCCCUGUCUUAGAACCUGUCCACGAUAAACCUGCAGUACCAGAGCUUGAACCUAUAUUAAACAUAGGAAAAGAGUGCAUAUAUACUAAUACUGAAGAAGGGACUGACCCAGGUUCAAUUCAGCAGGAACUUGGUAUAGUGGGAAAAAAGUAUGCCUGUAAUGCAUGUGGAAAGAGUUUUGCUCGCUCAGGACGUCUUAAAGAGCACCAGAGAAUUCACACAAGAGAGAAACCAUACCACUGUAACGAAUGUGGGAGGAGUUUCAGUCGCUCUGGACACCUUAAAGUACACAAGCGAAUUCACACAGGAGAAAGACCUUAUCAAUGUGGUGAAUGUGAGAAGAGUUUUAGACAGAUAGGUGGCCUUAUAGGGCACCAAAGAAUGCACACCAGACAGAAACCUCAUCACUGUAAUGAAAAUAGGAAGCGUUUCAGUCCAUCAUCCCACCAGCAAAUUAACACAGGUGAGAAACCAUAUAAUUAUACAGUUUGUGGGAAGAGUUUCAGUCAGUCAUCCCAAUUUAAAGUACACCAGAAAAUUCACAGAGGAGAGAAACCUUAUCACUGUACUGAAAGUGGAAAGUGUUUCAGACAAUCAAAACACCUUAAAUAUCACCAGCAAACUCACACAGAUGAGAAACCAUAUCAUUGUUGUGAAUGUGGGAAGAGUUUUAGGGACUCUGGCUGUCUUAAAAAACACCAGCAAAUUCACAAAGGAAUUCAACCACGUCACUGUUCUGAAUGUGAGAAGACAUUUUAUGACUUGGCAUCCCUUAAAGCACACCAGCAAACUCACACAAGAGAAAGAUCAUACCGCUGUACUGUAUGCGAGAAGAGUUUCUAUAACUUAGGAACCCUUAAAAGUCACCAGCAAACUCACACAAGAGAAAAAAAAUAUCUCUGUACUGAAUGUGGUAAAGGUUUUAUUCGCUUAUCACACUUUAAAGAUCACCAACAGAUUCACACAGGAGUCAAACCGCAUCUUUGUGCCGUAUGUGGAAAGAGUUUCAGUCAGUUAUCAAAACUUAAAAAUCAUUCUAGAAUUCACACAGGGGAGAAGCCAUAUCAUUGUAAUGACUGUGGGAAGAGUUUCAGUCAGCUCAGAAACCUUCAAACACACCAGCGAAUUCACACAGGAGUUAGACCUUAUAACUGUACUAUAUGUGGUAGGAGUUUUAUUGACUCAAGUUCCCUUAAAAGACACCAGAAAACACACACAGGAGAGAAACCUCAUCACUGUAUGGAAUGUGGAAAGAGUUUCACUCGCGCAGAGGUCCUUAAAAAACACCAUCAAAUUCACACAGGAAAGAGACCAUAUCUAGUAAAUGAGAGAAGAGUUUCUGUCGACCAGCCCACCUUAAAUAUCACCAGCGAACUCAAACAGAUUAGAAGCCAUACAACUAUACUGAAUGUGAGAAGAGAUGCACUAGUUUAGCAGAACUUGAAAAACACCAGCACAUUCACACAGAAGAGAGCCCUGCCCCUGUACUGUAGCAAAGUCCACAGGAGCAGAGAGCAUGUUGCACACACUUUAUUGAAAGAUGAUCCAUGAAUCACUUGUGGGGGCAUUCCUACACAUGACAAGCUCAGAGAAGAUUCCCUUUGCUCCUCAGAACCCACACAUUACAGUAUUUCUGGUACCUCAUUCAGCUGAUUAAUCACAGGUUCAAAAGCUGAACAUGACAAACUAAUACAAUAAAAUACUAUUUCAACAAGGAGAAUCAUUCCAGCACAGCACACUACACAUUCCUUAAUACCAAUAAGAAUGAACUUCAAUUUAAACUUUGUUCUGGACUUGUUCAUGAUUGACAUGCAUUAUAUUUGUUCAGCUGCCCUGGCUGCAAAUGGCUUCAUGGUGUCUCAAUGAAGAUCCAGAGUUGGUUCCAGAAUAUAUAUUUUGUGUAUAGUUAGGUAUUGUUAACUGUAAUUAUGUAUGUUUAGGUAUUGGAAUAAUUGGUAUAAUGAGAUUUACGGUACAAAUAAUCUUGAAAAACUACUCACUUCUAAAUAUUUUGUUGCCA